AUGGAAAAGACAAUUGAGAAACCUUCGUUAGCUCAUGAUGAGUACGCAGACGACGUUGGUCCGCCCGACAUGACCGUCGAGGUCAAAUACGACAAUGGACAGCUGCGAGACCUUUUACACUCCCCUUACGUUUUUGGAGCAGCGCUCCUCGCCUCAUUUGGCGGGUUCUCCUUUGGGUAUGAUCAAGGUGUUAUUUCCCUCAUUCUGGUGAUGCCCCAGUUCCGGCAACAGUUCCCCGAGACCUCGCCUGAAAACCCACGAUAUGGAUUCCAUACCGGCUUUAUGACGGGCAUGCUCGAGCUUGGCGCUUUCAUCGGCUGUCUGUUCUUCCCAGCCAUUGCGGAUCGGAUCUCCCGCAAAUGGGGGUUGACCGUGGCGACCGUGUUCUUCGUUAUUGGCGCGAUCAUUCAGACGGCAUCCAUGAACUAUGGCACAUUGGUGCUGGCAGAUUCAUUGGGGAUCGCUCCCCCGGCUUGGAGAGGAUCAUUGCUCGUACUGGAAUCCAUAAGCAUUGUUAUUGGGGCCAUUGUGGCAUAUUGGAUAACAUACGGCACGCGGGCCAUACCCGGCGAGUGGUCAUUCCGGCUGCCAUUCCUCCUACAGAUGUUUCCCGCCUUGAUAGUCGGUUGCGCGAUCCACUUCUUCCCCUUCUCGCCGCGAUGGCUCGCAAUGCGCGGCAGGGACGAAGAUAGUCUCUCCGCUCUGGCGAAGCUGCGCCGACGCCCUGUGCACGACGAGCAGGUCCAGUUAGAAUGGAAAGGCAUCCUGUCCGAAGUGCGAUUCCAGCGACAAAUGCUCGAGAAAGAGUACCCGGACCACCAAUCUCGUCCACUGCUGGUCGGCCUGAAGCAGUGGGUGUCUCUCGUCCGGCCGAAGUAUUUCCGGCGAACACUCGUGGCAUUGGCUAUUCCAUUUUUCCAGCAGUUCUCGGGAAUUAACGCGUUCGUAUACUACGCGCCCACAUUCUUCGAAGCCCUCGGCCAAAACAGCGAGACAUCUCUCAUCCUCUCCGGGAUGGUCAACAUCUGCCAGCUGGUCGGGGGUAUCCCGAUCCUAAUGUAUCUGGACCGCGUCGGUCGGCGAACAAUGGCCAUCAUCGGAGGGGUUAUCAUGGCGAUACCGCACCUGAUCAUGGCCGGGCUGAUGGGCCGAUACAGCGACGACUGGCCCUCGCAUAAGGCGAUAGGCUGGUUCUGCGUCGCCCUCAUCUAUGCCUAUGCGCUCGCAUACGCAGUCUCAUACGGCCCCCUGGCCUGGGUCCUGCCGGCAGAGGUGUUUCCCAACUCCAAACGUGCGAAGGGCGUCGGCGCCGCCACUGCUAUGAACUGGCUUGCGAAUUUCAUCAUCGGCGUCGUUGUUCCCGAGAUGCUCAUUAAGCUUGGGUGGGGCACGUUUCUUUUCUUUGGGUUGUUCUGUGUGGCGGCGGCUGUUUUCUCGUACUUGUUUGUUCCUGAGACGUCUGGCAAGUCGCUGGAGCAGAUAGCGGUCGUGUUUGGGGAUAAUUUGGACGGGGAUGAGAGGACGUUGCAGGAGAAAAUCGCGAGGGAGACGUUUGAGAAUGCGAUGGCUCCUGCAUUACACUUGGAGAAGUCGGGGGCGCCAUAG